AUGACAUUUUUAUUUGCGGGGCAUGAAACUACAAGUAAUGCAACAAGUUGUGCUUUGUUUUUGCUUGCACAACAUCCAUAUGAACAAGAUUUAUUACGUGAAGAAUUAGUUAAAGCUUUUCCCAAUAAAUCAAAAUUUAGUCCCACUUUUGAUGAAAUUAAUUCUUUGGAAUAUUUAAAUUGCAUAAUUAAAGAAAUAUUACGAUUAACUCCUCCAUCCGUGGUUAUUUUCCGAACCAGUUUUGAAGAUAAAGUUAUUGCCGGACAUUUUAUUCCAAAAGAUACUCAAAUUGACAUUCCAAUCGUAGCACUUAACAGAUUACCUUCCAUUUGGGGACCAACAGCCGAUGAAUUUGUUCCAAAAAGAUGGUUAGAUCCUUCUUUAAUUAUAACCAAUUAUAAUUAUUUGACUUUUAGUACUGGUAAUAGAGCUUGUAUAGGUAACAAAUUGGCCUUAAAUGAAUUUAAAAUAUUAUUAAGCAUGCUAGUCAGAAAUUUCGUUUUCCAACCAGUUGAAGGAUUAAAUAUCAAGAAAAAACCUGGUUUUCUUACUAAACUUGACCCAUAUCUCGAACUUAACGUUUCUAAAGUUGAAGUUUAA